UGGAAAACUGUAAGUAGCCGAAAAAUGACUGAUUUGAAGAAGUGGAUAUUUGCAAAUAGAUUAUCCUUGAAUUUAAUUAUAUGUUUACUAAUAAUUGCCGGGAUUGAAUCCAAUCCAGAAUCUUUACCUCGAUCUCCGCAACAAAUGAGCAAAGAGGGUAUGCAAAAAAGAGGGUGUGGCAGACCACGCAAGGAUAAUUCGAAAGAAAUGGAAAAAGAAAAACAAUUGGACGAUUUAAUGAGCGAAGAUUAUUAUCAAUUUGAGGAGGAUUAUUGUAAAAGCAGUCUUCCGGCUACGAGAACUACGAAAAUACACGAAUAUUUCGAAACAUUAAGAGAUACAGAACCACAGUUUAAUAUAGAAUUGCAAGGAAUUAAGACGGAAGUUAAUUCACUGAAAGAGGAAAACNUUAUAAAAAAUAUUCAUUCUGUAGAUGAUGAUUUUAUAUUCGAGAAACAAGUAACACAUUCGAUAUCUUAUGCAGAUAAUAUAGUGAUUAUUGCCCCGACAGCUGCUGCCUUACGUAGAAAAAUACAUGCUUUGAAUGAGUACUGCGAAGAAUUAAAAUUAAAAAUCAAUCCUAGCAAAUCAUUUGUAAUGAUAUUUCGAAACGGAACCAGACUUCCUAAGAAACACAUCUCUUUUUACCUCAACAACGAAGAUUUAAAAAUAGUUCAAGAUCAAUUUUCUGGGAAUUAUUUUAACACCUACAUUGUUAUUUGA